AUGGGAAGCCCUCCCCGGAGACACCGCAACUCUAACUGGGGCGAGGAAGGGGCACGCCUAGCGGCAGAGGAGGCGGAGAACGCGCGCCAGACCAUCCCUUUUGUCGUCUCGGGCACCUUGCUAGGGUGGAAGCUCUCUACGCGGGAGCGGAAGAAAUCCCUGGAGGACUCGCUCAAGGCAUCCGACUACUCCGAGCACCAUCUGAUCCCCGUCUAUGGCUUCCGCAGCAGCGACGAUAAAGAAAAAGAGGACGACCCCGGCGGGACGGAAGAAGGCGGUUGCCGUGACCGGACGAUGGGCGUCGAAGAGCGACGAGUAGAGCUGCGCCGGGUGGAGGCGAGGGCCCUGGCCGCGGAGCGAGCGUCUAUGGAGCGCCGGUCGAGGGCGGAGGGCGGGGCGGGGGGGGCGGCGUUUGCCAGGGCCAUGUCGAGGCGAGCGUUGGCUCGGGCCGAGUGGAUACAGAAGUCGGACUUCAGCGUACAAGCACUUGCGGUGAAGCGGCGUUUCAGCUUGAUCAGGGCAUGCCGAGCAGAUGCCGAGCUCUCUCGAGUGUACGUGUAG